UCUUCAACGGAUGAGAUCACAGAAAAGGAGGGGGGUGAUGUCUUUUGAGAUUAGGCUUGAGAUUCAAAUCUGCUUUUAUUUAUUUUACGAAAACUGCAUAUAAAAACUAGUUUAGCCAUAUAAUAAUCACCGAAGACUAAUUAUUUAUUUUACAACAUGCCUGAAUGUUUCAAAAAAGGCAUAAGGCUGUAGCGCUUCUUGAUCUGUCACCCCUAGCAACAUAUACCGAUGUAACUCGCGACGCAACACUGAAGUUGUUAGGACUGUGACCAAAGCCUGAUUAGAACUUCGCACUAAUUUAAACCAUUCACAUCUAAAGGAGAAAAUGGCUCUUCGCAUAACAGAAAGUCGGCGAAACAAACUCGCGGAAAAUGCCCGUGCGAUUGAGCAAGAGCGAGAGAUGGCUAUUAAAAGACUUGAACGUGAGUGUGUAGCAAAAAAUGUCAUGCUUUGUGAAGAACGAGUGGCUGACAAACGACUGAUACGCCAGAUGCAGCAGAUGCAAAUGGAAAGGGAUAUGCAAGAUUCCAUCCUGAAAGCUGAACGAGACCGAAUGCUUCGAGAACAGCAGUUAGCACAAGAAGAGAGCCUUGCUAGAGAGCUAGAGCGACGUAAAUAUGAGCAAUUGAAAGAUGAAAAGAUACGUCAGCAAAUAAGAGAGACAAGUUAUGAACUGCGUGAGCUGGAGGCAAAGUUGAAAGCAGCCUAUAUGAACAAAGAACGAGCUGCUCAGAUGGCAGAAAAGGAGGCACACAAGUAUGAUGAAAUGAAACGAGACUCAGAAAUUAUCAGACAGAUGAAAGAACAGAAUGAGCGAGCACAGGAAGCAGAAAGAGAGCGUGAAAUAGAGCAGUACAAAGAGAUGGUGCGUUACCAGCAAGAGCUUGAAAGACAGCUUGAGGAACAAGAGGAGAAGCGUCAGCGAGCCUAUGAAGAGUUCCUCAAAGAUAAACUCAUGAUUGAUGAGAUUGUACGCAAAAUUUAUGAAGAAGAUCAAAGAGAGAGAGAGAGGGAUAUGGAAAAGAAGAAGAUGACACAGAAGUACAUUGCAGAGUUCAAGCGGGCACAGGAAGAAUGGAAACAAAAGGAAAAAGCCAAGAUGGAAGAAGAAAACCGUAGGAUAAUGGCCUUUGCCAAGAUGGUGCGAGAUCGUGAAGCAGGGCAUGAAGCAGAGAAGAGAGAAAGGGAGGAAGCUCUAGGUCGUGUUCAGAAAGCUCUUUCAGAAGAGAUUGCACGCAAGGAGGCUGAGCGAGAAGAGAUGGAACGAGUGCGGUUGGAGUUGUACCUCGAAGAACAAGAAGAGAAAGAAAGGCAGAAAGAAAUGAUGGACGUAGAGCUGAGACUGCGACAGAAGCUGGAAAUGCAGGGUACACAUGCACGUCAGAUGCAGUACAAAGCCUUGAGAGUUCAGGCUGAGAAGGAGGAAGAAGAGCAGUUCCAGAAGCAGAUGCUUGCCAAGUUUGCUGAGGAUGAUCGCAUAGAGCAGAUGAAUGCCAGCAAGCGACGCAUGAAACUGCUUGAGCACAAGCGUGCAGUGGAACGCCUUAUGGAGGAACGACGAAGGCAAUUUGCUGCUGAACGUGAGCGUGAAGUCCUGCAGCGUGAAGAGGAACAGAAGAUGGAACAGUUCCGCCGACAGAUUAUUGAAGAGGAACGCAGGCGCCUCCUACGUGAACAUGCCACCCGCUUACUUGGAUAUUUGCCUAAGGGAGUCAUUCAAGGGGAUGAAGACCUGGAGAUGCUGGGACCAGAGUUCAAGCAAGCAUAUGCUCAACGCCAGGUGGACCCUUUUGAUGAUGAGGGUUGGAAUCAACCUCAGUAGCAUGUUAUCUGGCUUUGCCUUUUGCUAGUUUUGAACAGUCAGUCCAAGAAUUGGGAGAUGGUGUCUUGCCAUCAUUGAAAACACCACGUCAACUUCAUCUUCAGAUUUUAAAUCCUUUCAAGAUUAUUCCAAAACACAGAAACCCUUUUGAUCUACUUGUUUAGUCAUUGUGAAGAAUGCAUUUGUCUGCAGAUAUGUUCUUCCUGUUGUAUUUGUGGUGACAAAGAGAUCUGUGAAGCACUUAUUUAUGGCAGGGAUUUCUGGACUGGAGCGUUUUCUUUGAUUUCAGAUGUGAGAAAAAUCAGUUAAUCAUGAAAAUAUAAAAUUUAUUUUCUUCUGAUUCAAGUGUGAUCUCCAUUUGUCAUUUUCUUUUAGGACAGUCCAAAGUGAUGUGAAUUACAGAAAGUCUGUCUGCCUACUGAAUAUAUGCAUUUUGAUGGAAUGUAACAGAUCAUUAAUAGCAAAAUAAUUUCUGUUGGUUGUUAGAAAAUGCAUCACUCUGGUCAUUUCAUACAAUAAUUGUCAUAGAUUGGGCUGCAUUUGGAGUUGAUUCUGUACGUAUUGCAUUAUAUCUUUUAAAUCAACAUUCCAAUCUUAGUGAAUCUUUACAUGGAGACAUAUAUAAUACUCCAACAAACCCCUUCCCGGGUCCAUAAAUUGGAAGUAUUUACACAGUAAUUUUGGUAUGUUAUUUAUAUUUGGUGAAGAUGUCAACUUGAAAGUUAGAGUAUUUGUUACCUGUGUGCAGAUUCUGUGUUAACAUGAACUAAAUGUGCACAGCGUCUAUAUUAACUUGAAAGGGAUUGGAAACUGCUGAACUAUCUUGAAAGUUAUUAGACACGAUAAGUGAAAAUCAUUUUCUGAAAGAGCAUUAAAUUUUCUCACAAGCAUAUUUGUGCCACAAUGCUAUUUACAGAGUUGGCAUAAAAUUAUGUUAGUCUUUUUCAGGAAGACUUGUGAAUAUAAUGUUUGCAUAGUUUUUAUCACCUGCAGCAACCUCGCAAUGAAUGGUCGUUGAAGAAAAGGGAAUAAUAAAGACUAAGCGCUUGGUGAAUUGUAAAUACAUAUUUUUAAAUAGGCUUAAAUCUACACAAAUAAUAAAGCAAACUAUCAUGUUCA